ACAAGUCAUCCGCCUUGCCGAUUGGCUGGCGCUGACGUCAUGCACUCCUUCCCCAGAUGACCUCACCGCAACCGGCUCUCACCCGCACCGCCCGGAGCCCGGACAGUGACCCGACGGUGAGGCCCGUCGCCCAGUCUAUUCGAGGCACCCAACAGCGGGAGAAAGAAAGGGGGGAGAGUAAGAAGAGCAAAGGUGAAGAAAUGAUGUAACGCAAACGCGUCUAAGAAGCAUCUUUUGUUUUGGAAUUGUAAAACUGGCUGUGCAGUUCCAUCCUUAUGAAAGAGAGCGCAGCAUCGCUACUACAUUGAUCAAGUGCAGCUGACCACUGGAGUGUGAGGUAUUGACUCUUGUAGAGUCGUCGUUCCUUCCACCUGUUAGCCACAUGAUGCCAUAAUAUGCCUAGAUACACCAUGCACUGGACAAGGCCGUAAGAGCCCCACACCUUCACCCCCACAUCGGCAGGUUGGGCAGAGGUGCCAUUAUGGCCACCGAGUCCCCCCGAUGCUGGGUUCUGACUGCUGAAAAACUGGUAGCUUGGAUGGAAGGAGGGAUAGAGAAAGUCCUUUUGAUUGACAGCCGGCCAUUUGUGGAAUAUAACAAUGCUCACAUCCUAGAUGCCAUCAACAUCAACUGCUCUAAACUAAUGAAGAGGCGGCUGCAGCAGGACAAGGUUCAGAUUGCUGAGCUCAUACAGCAUUCGGCCAAGCAGAAGGUGGAGCUGGAAUACCAGACACAGCAAGUGGUUGUGUAUGAUCAGAAUUGUGCAGAUACCACAUCCCUGCCCUCGGAGAGCUUUCUUUCAGUACUUCUUGGGAAAUUAGAAAAACUUUUCUGCAAUGUGCACCUACUCUCAGGUGGUUUUUGUGAAUUCUCUGCUUGUUUUCCUGGGCUUUGUGAAGGGAAAGCAUCUAUGGUCCCCACAUGCAUCUCACAACCAUGUCUCCCUGUGUCUAGUGCUGGUCCAACACGAAUCCUUCCUCAUCUCUACCUGGGCUGCCAACGAGAUGUCCUGAACAAGGAACUGAUGCAGCAGAAUGAGAUUGGGUUUGUGCUGAAUGCUAGCAACACCUGUCCCAAACCGGACUUUAUCUCAGAUUCCCACUUCCUGCGGGUUCCCGUCAAUGACAGCUUCUGCGAGAAGAUCCUCCCUUGGCUGGACAAGUCAGUUGACUUUAUAGAGAAAGCAAAGGCUUCCAAUAGUCGUGUGCUGGUCCACUGUCUUGCAGGGAUCUCCCGCUCUGCUACCAUUGCAAUUGGUUAUAUUAUGAAGAGAAUGGACAUGUCCUUGGAUGAAGCUUAUAGGUUUGUGAAGGAGAAACGACCAACCAUUUCUCCCAACUUCAACUUUCUGGGCCAGCUUCUGGACUUUGAGAAGAAGAUUAAAGCUCAAACAGGUCAUGUAGCUCCUGUCUGCAAGGUAAAGCUACAGCUGGAGGUUGUCAGUGAUAAGAGAGGCUUGAUGGAGAACCUGCAACCACUCAGCACAUUGAACAGCCACUCUACCUCAUUGGAAAAGCAACCACCUAACCCCAGGGCACAACCCACAAGUGCGGAGGAAGCCCCUCUGCUGAAGGGCAUCAACGGGCUUCAUGUGUCACCUGGCGAGAAGCUUGAAGCGAGCAGUAGGAUCAAGCGUUCUUUCUCUCUGGAUAUUAAAUCAGUGCCUUAUUGUGGUUUGGACAACACAGCAUUGUUCUCUUCUACUAAAGAGGACAGUGCAGAGGUCUACAAGGUCCCUACAUCUAUUGAUGGUGGCAGCAAGCUGUGCCAAUUCUCUCCUGUUGAGGAGGUUUCAGAGCAGACUCCUGAGGCUAGUCCUGACCGUGAAGAGGCAGUGAAAGCCCCAGAGAAAAAAAACACUGGAUCUCUUCAGGUAGAGGGUAAACUCAGGCAACAGCAGUACAUGUCAAGGAGCAGUGUCAUGUCUCAGCGGUUACAGGCGCCUCCCCUACACCGCAGUGGAAGCAUGGAAGACAACCGUAAAACUAACUUCUUGUUUGGAUUGUCUAGUAGCCAGCAGCACUUGGCCAAACCUGGAAUUGGUCUUAAGGACUGGCACUCUGACAUACUGAUAACUCAGGCCACUUCACUAACCGGCAGCUGGUACUUCACCUCUGACUCUCCCUCUCAUUUUUACUCUGCAUCUGCCCUAUAUGGGGGUGGAGCCUUUGCAGCAUAUAGCUGUGGGCAGCUACCUACAGAGCCAACUUGCGCAGUGCGCAGGAGACAGAAGCCCAGUGUCCGUGGGGACUCCAGACGCAGCUGGCAUGAGGAAAGCCCCUUUGAGAAGCAAUUCAAGCGGCGAAGCUGCCAAAUGGAAUUUGGGGAGGGGCUGGCGGACAGCAGAUCUAGAGAGGAGCUUGGCAAAGUGGGCAGUCAGUCUAACUUCUCUGGCAGCAUGGAAAUUAUUGAAGUAUCUUGAGACUGGCAUUGGGGAGGGGGGUGUCAAGCCAGCAAGCUGAGCUUCUCUGGUUUAUUAAUUUGAUUGCUUUUCAUUUUCCUUCCCUGUUAAUCUGAAUCAGUGAUUCACAGAAUAAUGUACUGUUGUCUCUUUACAAUGUGUCUCAAUCUGCAGCACAUGGCUGUGGACCUCAUUCAAUUCUCAAUUAUCUCCUUAACAUAGUCUCUAGGAGCAGCCAAGCAUUCUGUUCCAAAGGGUCCCUGGGCCUCCACAAGAUUCUCUAUUAAUUAAUAUAAUCCAAAAGGCAACAAAUUUUGACUAGUUCCAUAACAAACAGGCCAAUUAAUAGUACCUGAGCCAGCUCAGAGAUGUGUGUAAAUGUGUGAUUGAAGAAUGGUUAAUGAAUUGGUAUGUUGAUGAAGUAAUAUCAAUAUUUAUUGAGUUAUGACCAGUUUUCAGAUUUAAUCAGAAGUAUUUUAUCUCUAUGCUUAGACAUAAUGUAUCGUCUGUGCCAAGAAAAGACGCAACACCCGAACUAAUCUAUCACUAUAAAAAUAGUGCAGGCAGAUGGCAUUUAAAUUCAACAUUAUAAAUUUUAUGAGUAGUUCCUUGGUCCAAAAGCAUGCACUUUAACAAAGAUUUUGAUAGACAAAGAGACAUAAUUGUUUCAUUAUUGGAGCAGUUAUUAUUAUUUCACAACUAAUUUUCACCUCCCGAUUUGGUGGCUUCUGAAAAUUAAACAGAAUUUAAAUUAACAUUCUCUAUGUUGCCCCCUCACACGUAUAUAGGCGGAUCAGCCAAUUAGGAGACAUUUCAUUUCCCAGAUAUAUAUAUAUAUACACUUAGUCAAAAACUUUUACAGUGAUUUAACAGAGUACAUUGAUACCAGAUUACCUCAUAUAUAAAGAAACUUGAUAAACUAAACUAAAGCACCUUUAUUCAAAGUUUUGCUGAAGAUUUAGAGAAUUAUUGACCAUCUCAAAGAAGACAUAGCCCUUUUCCCAUAAAUGUAAACAUUCUAGAGUUGAAGAUAUUUAUGCAUUUUUGCAAUGGUUAACACCAAUCAUUUUAUGGGCUGAAUGCAAAAAAGAUAAUAAUUGCAAAAGCAAAAAUAACUUUUCCCUAUAAAAUGGUAUACUUUGUGAACUCUACCUUUGUUAGUAAGUAUAAGUUAGAAUCCAAAGCAAAAAUAUAGUCAGAACAUUUAUGGUUUGAAGUUUUAUACUACAAAGUACUGAUGCACCGAAAUGGAAAUUCUGGACCGAAACCGAAUCCGAAAAUCCAUGAUGCACUCAGCCGAAAACCAAAACCGAAAAUGUAUUUUUUUCCAAAUUAUUUAAAAAAUAUAUAUAUUUUUUUUGCAUAAUUAGACUAUUUUAUGAAUAAAUCUGAAUUGAAAACCUGCAAGCCAAUAAAAUAAAAUAACCACACUUUUUUUAUUGAAAGUAAAACACUAAAAUUGGACAAAAAUAUCUUAAAACAAUAAUAUGCUACACAAUAAUUUUACCAAGAAAAAAAAAAAACAGGCAAAAAACGAUAAUGCCAUUUUCGGCCAAAAUGUUUCUGCGACCAAAUUUCGUUGCAUCCCUACUUAAAAAAAUAUUAAAUAUCAAUAUACUGUAUUAUUCUGUAUUUAGUUCUGUGUAACAGAAUCAGAUUUAGCCGUAUUUUUUUACCAAUUAGCCAAAUAAAGUAUAGUCCUAGAAAACGAUUAUUAUAUGAGAAACAGUAAGUCAAGAAAUUAACUCAAACAGCAGCUCUAGGCUAGCAUCAAAUUUGAAAUAUGCUACACAAUAAUUUUACCGAAAAUAACAGGCAAAACGAAAUAGCCAAAAAUGCCAUUUUCGAGCCAAAACGUUUCUGCGGCCGAAAUUUCGGUGCAUCCCUACUACAAAGCCUUAGAUUCUACUAAAAUACAAAAAAUGUCAUUAAAAUCUUAGGAUGUGUAUUACAUUAUCAAUAAAGCUUGAUUAAUAAAUAAAAAAAUAUAUAAAAUAAAGUCUGCAGUGUAAUCUAGGACAAAGUAGAACUAUGGAGGCAAUUUGGUUAUGUUUUUGCUCAUAUAAUUGUGAAAUGAUACAUUAAUAUAUAAUUAUUUGACAUAGACACCCCUGAUAUCGGUGAUGAAAGCACGGUAACCUUUCUGGUGUAUACUGCACAAUAUCAUUGGCACACCUAUAUAUAUUUCUACAAAGUUAUAUAUUUUCUGAAUUUACAUACCCCAAAUUUUUUUUUUUUUAUUAAAAAUAUAAAAUAACUGAAAUCUAGUUAUGAAUCUAAUAGAUGUCUUCUGUUUGUUAUAUAAAAUUAUAAAAUGUCUACGCUUUUUUUUUUUUUUUUAAACUCAGGUAAUGGGGUUGUAUAAGGCAUUUUUUAUUUAAAUGAUUACUUCAUCACCUCUAAUGAAUUUACCACUCUUUAUAUAGCCCAUAUUUCUGUUAGUCAGGGUGUGUGGGUAUAUAGUUUUGUGCAUAGCUAUAUGUUCUCUUCAGUUGCAGUCAUAAUGUAUAUGCCCUAGACCUGGAUACUGAAGAUACUAAAUGUAUAGGACUCUUACGAAACAUAAAUAGAAUUUACAUUUUAUUUUUAAAUAAAUCCUUAUAAUAAAGCUGCACCCGCCUUGCAUAUAAAGAUUAGUCUUCAACCAGUGUAAUAUUAACUAUUAUAUAAAAUGUUUGACACCAUUAGCUAAUCCGGAUCCAAAAAAGAAUACUUUAUCCAACCUUUAAAAGGUGCCCAUAUCAUUGUGACAUUUUUCACUGUUAGGACUUUAUAAACCUAUAUCUGUUUUACAGAUUGUGGGUAGUCUUCAGCAUAUGCCGGUGAUUGCACACAGCCCUUGCAAUGGUUACAGUGUAACAAGCUGUAAAAGUACAUUUUAUAUAAAAUUCUUACCCCAAGAGCUGACAUUUAGUUAGUGCUGCAGACAUUCACAUAUACAAAUUAAAAAAUCAUCAAUUGAAUGUUGAAACAAUGUUUGCUUCCUAAAUUUACACAUAUUUCUUAUUAUGAAAGAUUAUGUUAUGCAGGAUUAACUGGUUGCUUUAACAAAGGCAGGGGCAAGGUCGGUGCAGUUGUAAGGGAGAAAAGUGAUAAUCUAUAAAUUAAACACCCACACCAGCUGGCCAAAACAUUACUGUCAAUUCAGAUAUCUACAGAUUUUAAGGAAUGCUUAACUAUAAAAUAUAUACUCAUUAAUUAAAAGUAUGUUUAUGCUAUGGCUUACCUCUACCAAAUAAAGUAUAUUUAAGCAUCUGCUAGUGUAUGUGUGUCACCACCAGCUGCACCCAUGUCUGCAACAUAUUUUUUUUUCUUCCAAUUUGAGAUGAUGGACUCGCAGCUAGUGGCAGCAUGUAGAAAUGCAAGUGGGUGCUCAAACAUACUCAACAGAAAAAGGAGUACAAGAAAGAGGAUUAGGGGUAAGUCUUAUCAUUAGCGUGUUUAACAUUGCGUCCCUUUAAGGAUAUCUGGUAAGGAGUGGUCUUGAAACCAUCAGAAGCAGUCGGAAAAUGCCAAAACUUUUGAUGUGAUGGACCUUCAAAUAUGUAGUUUGGGGAUUACUUGCAAGACUGCUCUCUGUGCACUAAUAAAGAAUGGGAUUAGUCCAGGUGAGGCUCAGUCUCCUGCUAUAGUAACUGGAGGUCUGUCUCUUUGUUUUAUCACUUCCUUCCGGUCUCUGUCCCUGAACACCCUCCCUCCCUCUCUCGUGUCAUAAGAUUUCUACAUCUCAACUAUGACCACUUGCAAGAGUGUUAUGCUAUGAAUGAGAUUUCCUAUAGCUUUGCCAGACAAGAGUAUAUCGUGUGAAUCCAUUUACAGUUAAUAUCAAUAAAGGAAACAUUGAAAAUAAUAUAAUAUGUAUCACAAGGUGUGAGAGUGGUCAGUUUUAGGGUGUAUCCCCCCGUUUAGUUGGUGUUUGGGUGUAAGGUAUGUGUAUGUAUUGUAACUUGAAAUUUACAAAUCUGUCCCAAUCAGACUGAAAUUUUUUAUGUUGGCCAAUGUAUUUCUGUUCUCAAAUUGAUCAGGACUUUUGUUUUUGAUUUUCUGUUCAAAGUAUGAUCUUUUACAGUAGAUUAUAUCCACAAUAAAAGCAUUAUUGCUGUGUA